CCACCAUCUCUCACUCACACACACACGCUCUCGUACGGGGGCGACGACUGUUGUUUUCGCGGCUAGGCGCACCUGAAACCUGGCGCAUCGCGGCUUGGAGAUUUCUUGCGUGCUUGCGGCACUUAGUGCGCGCGUGGAAGUUUCUGUGUGUUUCUGUGUGCGCGUGUUUGUGGAAAUGAAGAACACGUGAAGAGUGUUCGUGUUUGUCGUGUUUGCGCACCGUUGCCGCAAGACCCGUUAGCCCUCUGUUGUUUGUUGCCUUGGGAGAAUCUUAACACCCGUGUGCAUCUUCUUCAUCCGUGCCGAGAUCCGUUAUGUUCUCUGGGCGAAGUGUCCUCUGCGCCAUUGGAAGACGGUGGUGAUCAGCUUACAAUACAAUCUUACAAGCUCGGUUAAGAUGACGACGUGACCCAGGGAGCUGGGAGAACGUAGCCACCGGAAGAUGUUAGAGCCGUUCGAAUAAUGACCAUUAUGCUCGUUCGGUGUUAAGUACACCUUCAAUUGACACAGAAAGAAAUCCGAAAUUCCUUCCUGCUGAGUAUGUUUUGUUUUGUGUUUUACGGUUAAUGCGUAUGCUUCGCUAAGAUUACUUUGCCCAUUUCACGGCCGCGCGUAGUAGUGAACCCGGGUGUUGUAAACGUAAAUCGUGCACCUGCUCUGGGCGAUCUUUCCUGUGCGCGGGAUCCAAGGAUAACAAGUGCUCCCAGUUUAAUGCACGUGGUGCAGUAGUAGCACUUUGGACAGGUAUCGUUUGGUGGAUGGGUGACAGUGUCAUUAGUGUCGUCAGGUGUUGUUGCUACAAUCAACUACCAUCACAGAUCUGCAGCUCACACAUUCAACCGAAGUACACCAAGAUCUUCCCAAAAAACAAAACGUCGUCCAUUAAAGUUUGACGCUACGGAUUUCCUGCGCAGUACGACCAAAGCUCGAUGCAUCUUUGAUGGAGUUAGACAAGCCUUCCCGGAAAAUUCGUCGCCAUUCUUCUCCAUUCAACGUUUGAAGAUCAGCAAGAGGAAAAAAGCUGGCCCAAACUGCGUGGAACAAAAGAGCUAAAAGACCGUAGAGCAAUAAGUUGCAUCAGCAAUGACAUAUGUCCGUCGAGCUCCUCAGUUGCAGUCGAUCAUCCAUACGCCGUGCAAGCUGAACAACGCUGCGCAGCGACCGACAGAGAGGUAUCACGUCGUUACGGCUGUGUGAAGUGAUGCAGCCCAGCAUACGUUUCGUGUCAUCAAAACCAGUGUCAGCAGCAGCAAGGCGUUAAGACGUUAAGAAGAGUGUUGACGUUAAACAGCCUUAAAAUGGGCAACUCAGGAAGCAUGAGCGGGUUGUCGGGAUAUGAGGAAGGGUACCAUCAUCAUCCGGGCUAUCAUCACCAUCACCAGCGCUAUCAUGAUGCGAUGCGCGGUGAUGCGGUCAGUGGUAUGACCGCUUCCUGGAUAGACUCUUACCAACGUGAUCAUCAUCGGCGUACGGGACCACGGGAACAUGAACAGCAACAGCAGAUCAAGGUACUGCCUGAUAUACCGGGCAAGGUGGCGAAGCUACGGUCCACCAACAACGGUAGCAUUUUGCACGCGGGUGGCACCAUCAGCAAGAACAACCAAGCGCUGCAACGCUCGAAAAGCAUCUCAUCGCCAACGUACCAACAGCACCAGCAACAGCAGCAACCCGUCAGCUUCAGUGAGUGCGAUGAGGAUCUUGAGCUGAGCUCACUGCAACCCCGCAUGCUGAUGCAACGCUCACACACGCAUCUAAAUCUGAUGCCCCCAGGACUCACUUCAGGUGGUGUGAGUCGACCGCGCAAUGGGCACGCAUACAACAAUGAUGAUGAGGGCAGGGGAGGUCCACCAGAUAGGGGAGGCAGGCAGGCAACGCGAUACGGUGAACUAAAUAGUGCCGGCAAUGCAACGGAAGCGCUCAACCACCGGAAACGAUUCGGUUCCGAGCCGGAUUUACGUUUGUCGUUGGUACCGCGCAGUGGUCAACAAUCGGAACAAGUGAGCGGUGGGCCACGUAAUCCCAAGAUGGCGCAGUCUAAAAUAAUGAAGGGCAAGAACAAAAAGAAGGCCCCGAUACCACCUGUCAUGGAGAAGCGUGACUCUAAGGAUGCGGAACGACAACGCAUCAUUGCCUACUCCCCGAUGCGCAAACCGGGCUCGGACGCAAACACCUCCACAUUACCAUCGUCCAGCGACGGGAGCUUCAAUGUAGCCGCUACGCGUAAACUACGGCUGUUCAAAACGCGUGCCGAAACGAAGAAAACGCCUACGAUCGCUAAGCUCCCAGAAGCGUCAGAUGCUAAAUUUCCCGGCAAGCACGGUCCCUCGAACGGUCCUGGCAGCGGUUUCAUACGUGCGGCCGUACCGUUGCAACCGAACGGAGCCGCACCACAUGUGGUUGGGCAUGGGCAUCGCAACGACGGUGGUUCGCCGGAUGAUGAGAAGCUCAAGACGGUGCUGGAUCAUAUUUCAUCCCGACCGAAUCCGGUGUCAUUCUUUCGUCGCGAAAAAACGUUCGACGCCGGUUUGCUCGGGUUGGAACGGCAGCGGGAAAGUGAACCGCGACCGGCAGCAAAGCCUACAAUGUCGCCUCCGCUCUCCCGUCGCAAAUCGAUCGUUAAAAGCUACCUCGAGCAGGAGACACCACUGAAACCAGCUGCUGUCUCGAGUCGGAUGGAUGUGAAGGCACGCCAGCAGGUCGGGACAGCGGCUGAAAACUACCAGCGCAAGCAGGCACUUGCUGAAGCGCAGCGCAAACAGUUAACAGCGGCGACGGCCGCCAUUACCGACUUCCAGAAGGAGUUGCAGCUAGCGACGAAACGAAAAACGGGCAACACGGACACUAAUAAUGGAACCUCGCCGAUUACCAGCCGGAUCACCACUACCCAGACGAAGUUGCAGCGAACCGGGGUUGGUGGUGCGGGAAACGACCAGAUUAGUUCUCGCUUCUCGUUACUACCUACCGUCAGUGGUGGUAAAACCAAACCGACAACUAACGCGCUGGUAAUUAACGUGGAACCACCGAAAGAGUUGAACCUGAGUGCCGCCACCAAAGCGGACGUCAAAUUGGACGCACGAGAUUCGCCACCACCACCAACACCACCACCGCCACCGCCACCACCGAAGACAAGCUUUUACUUCGGUAUGCGGGACGGUUGUCAGGCCACGGACACGCCACGAAGGUUUGCCGGCACGAAACGUUCUUCACCAGCGGCUCCGUUCGUGUCCGAGUCGCGCGUGGACGACAGCGAUGACAGUGAGCGUGAGUGUGUGAAUCGUCGGGAGACCAGAAAUUCCCAGCCGGACAUUGACGGACAGUCGGUGGAGGAGAUUGGACACACGCAGAUGGAGCUGAUUGAUCAGUUUGCGGCCAGUCUGCUGAACAGCAGCCGGUUUCGUUCGUCCGAUUCGGUCGCAUCGUCCGAGGUGGAUGUGCGUACUAGUGCUGUAAGCAUCUGGGAUGAGGCAGACGGUCCCGGACAUCAGGAAAUCGCGCUGAAGCUGCGACCAACCUUGCCUCGGAAGCAGUUCGAUAUACCGCGAUUUAGUCCGGCCGCUGCCUGGCGCUUGCUCACGACGGAGGAUGAGUUUUGUCGGGACGUGCCGACGGACGGGUUGGGUGGAACACCGGUCGGUGUUGAAAAGAAAUCCUUUCUGCGGGGUCUAGAACAGGAGCUGGACGUGCCGGAAGACCGCAUACAGCGAGUUUACCGCGAACCGGUACCGGGGUUGCAGGACAACAAGAGCGGUGACAGUGGAAUAUCAGGUGAUGCUGGAAUAUUGGCUGACAUUGGGCAGGAUGCGCUGAUCGCGUCCUCUGGCAAGGAGAAACGGGCGGGCGAUACAAGCCCCGAAAGUGAAACACAGCUGCACAAAGGUGGUGUCGGCGUUGGUACCGUGAUGAACGGUGGCUGGUCAUCCAAUGCAUUGCUGCUAAUGCCCUGGACGCCCCAGCAGGACCUUGACGAUGAUGACGACGAAGAUGAGGAGGAAAACGAACAGGAGGACGACGAGACGACUGGUAGUGGAAGCGAACCACGGCGGCAUUUGAUCGAGGACGGUAUCACGAGGGUAAAUGGCGACACGCGACCAGACUUUUCUAGCAAAGGUCAUCUUUUUAGCCUAUCGCUACCGCGGGAAAAUCAUCUCUCAAUCUACAACGUCGAAUCGGCGGAUGAGAAGGUGGAGAAACACGUAUUCAACAGCUUGCAAAAGUUUCGUAAAUCUGUUACGGGUGCGUUCAAACACGACGACACCGGCAGUGGACAGUUGGAUUCCGGUGACAGCAAUUGGUUCCUGGGCCGACUGGACACGAAGUUGAGCAAUGGGUCGGGCCCGGGUAGUGGACCAGAAAAGCGUUCCAAGUUGCUGCUGCCCGAUGGGCGGGAGCGUGAAAAUACGAACAUUACCACUUGUGGUGCGCCGGUGUCGAUUGGUGCGAUUGCCCAGAAUAAGCACAGCUCCAUCGGAUAUCUUGUCAGCGGCAAGCAUAUGAUGUACCUGCCGAAGGAACCAACGAAACUACACGCCCACACCACCGACAAGAGCAAUAAGCAGGACGAGAACAAUAAUCGAAAGAGCUACCACAACCAGAACGGUACCGAGCGGCAUGAGAAACCGGUACCACCGUCUGGGUUGUCCGCACCAGCGCAAAGGGAUACAUCCAACCAACGGGCGGCUGGCGAUAAGGAAAACCUGCAGGAUCCGGUACCGGUCGCCGCAACCAGCACACCAGCGCAAAACGGUGAAUAUGAAGCCUUCCCCGUGAAGCUAUCGAACCGCCGCAACCAUCGGUUCACGUUCCAGAGCACGAUACGCCAGAUUGAGAAACGCCGCGUAGCGGAAAAGUUGUCGCGCGAGGCGGAGAUCAAGGAGGCGAUGCGGCUGAGCGAACUGGAGGCGAUGAGACGCGUCGAGGAAGAGUUCCAAAAGAAGCGGGCACGCGAAAAGGCCUCCAUACGCCAUCAGUUGCGAUUGUUUUCGAUGGAGAACCAUCCAGAUCAGCAUGGUCAUCCAGGAAAUGAAGGUGAUGGCGAGCAGGACUCAACGGGUGAAAUAAAAAGAUCCGACCCAGACGGGGACAGUUUGCCACAUCAGAGCGCCAUGGGCCGUAGUGGUCUUUAUCGGAAGAAAGAAUUUACUGCCAGAGGAAGCAUGGAGCGGCAGUAUAAACGCCCUAGCGGUGUUGCCACGAACGGCACGAGUAGUACCAACCAUCAAACAGGUGGCGAGGACUUGGACUUGGAGAAUGAGAUGGAAAUGGAGAAGGUGCCGGCCGGUGGUAAACGGGAUGGUCGGUAUGGGGACGACGAUGACGAGGAUGACGAUGGGGAGAGCAGCAGUCUCGGUUACGUGGACACCCGUACACCCUACAUAUCGCGCAUCAUACAGGCGAAAAGUAGCAAAUCGUACGGCAUGAAGAAGUAAGGUCGUAGCUGACUAGACCAAGUCCACCACCAACCAAGAAGUCCAUGAUUGCCAUCUAGUCAAACAGACACUGAUUCGCUUGUGCCGCGAGCGCUUACCUCAUGGUUCAAUCGGCCACCACUGGAAGAAUUGCUCCACUUUUUUAUAUAGGUUUAUAUAAUUUCUUGGGCACCACUUCGUUCGCAUCCCCAGGCCAGUAUGCAUGCUUCGGAGCCGAUAUGCUUGUCUAUAUGUUGCCUUGCCAUCUACGUUGCGGUGUACAGUGCAGGAGCGCAGUUUACCCCACAGGAAUAUCCAAUGUUGGUUUCGAUUUCCACUUCUAAUUCUACCCUCCAUUUACCCUGUAUAACGUCUAUUCGUUUAAGUUAAUUGUGACGAGAUUCUUGAGAAAAUCUUAUAACAUAUCUUUUUAGACGUUUGUGUACGUACCGGUAAGCUGGAUCACUUGGUUACGUUAUUUAGUUUCUAGGAUCCCCCAUCACAAUUUAUCAAUAUUUCAUUCGUCAAAUAAAAUGUUCCAAUUUUCGUUAUAUAGAACUAACUGUGGAUCAUUACGCUAGAAGGAGGAGAAUUUUCAAAAUUCAAAUGUCCAUAUUAG